GCCUGGUUGGUCAUUGGGUGCUGUCCCGCGGGGCUUUUCGGGGGUUGUAGUUUUCCUCUCAGGGGCGACGCUUGGUUUGGAGACUCGGCGGAGCCGCCGCGCGACCUUUCAUGGAAAGUCGGGAAGGCGCUGCCGCCAGUCCCGAACCGGACGCCGAAAAGGCCUCAAGAUCCUCGAGUUCAGAUUCUGAUGACGAAGCGGGAGCUUCUGGCCAAUCAGAAAUGGAAUUUUUGCGAAACCUCUUUUCCCGGACCCUGGGCUUUGGCAGCGAGAAGCCUGAGAAAGUGCUGGAGGAGCUGACGUUGGAAGGCGUGACCAAGUUCAUGCUGACAGAAAAAUGCAAGAAUGUAAUCUGUAUGGUUGGUGCAGGAAUCUCAACUAGUGCGGGGAUCCCCGAUUUCCGCUCACCUGGCACGGGGCUAUAUGCCAAUCUACAGCAAUACAGUCUACCAUAUCCUGAAGCCAUCUUUGAGAUUGGUUACUUCAAGCAAAACCCAGAACCAUUCUUCACCUUGGCUCGGGAGCUCUACCCAGGGCAGUUCAAGCCCACGGUCUGCCACUACUUCAUUCGCCUCCUGAAGGAUAAAGGGCUGCUACUGCGCUGCUACACCCAGAACAUUGACACCUUGGAGCGGGUUGCUGGUCUGGAUCCUGAAGACUUAGUGGAAGCUCAUGGCACCUUUUACACCUCCCAUUGCAUCAGCUCUGCUUGCAGGAAGUCAUACAGCCUUGAGUGGAUGAAAGAAAAUAUUUUCUCAUCUCUUAUCCCCAAAUGUGAAAAAUGUCAGAAUGUAGUGAAGCCAGAUAUCGUGUUUUUUGGGGAGAAUCUGCCGUCUCGUUUCUUCUCUCUCACGCAAUCCGAUUUCCAGAAUGCGGACUUGCUUAUUAUUAUGGGCACCUCUCUUCAGGUCCAGCCUUUUGCCUCUCUGGUCAGCAGGGUAUCAACAAACACACCACGGCUUCUGAUCAAUAAGGAGAAGACCGGAGAGAGUGACCCCUUCAUGUCCCUGGUGGGCUUAGGCUGUGGAAUGGAUUUCGAUUCAGAAAAGGCAUACAGGGAUGUUGCAUGGCUUGGAGACUGCGAUGAGGGCUGUCUGGCCUUGGCAGAGCUGCUGGGAUGGAAGAAAGAGCUGGAGGAACUUGUGAAAAAGGAGCAUGCUGUCAUUGAGGCCAAAUCAGGACAGCCUGUUGAUGGGGCAGGUGCUUGUCAUCAUCCAGCCAAGGAACAAGAAAAGAAUCCAUCUUUGGAGAAGAAAAAGCCACCUGCAAACAAAGAAGAAUGAAGAGAUUAGAGAAGAUUGGGGGACUCUGCUUUCUGAUUAUUAAAAACUCACAUCAAAAUGAACAAGUGAUGCUUGGGGCUUUCUGUCUUGAUUUCAUUAAGGAGAGACGAUGUGGGGUCCACACUUAGCUGUGGAAACUCACUAGAUGAUUUUGGGCGAGUCACUGUUGACCCAAACUGCUCCUAAGCUGUUGGGGGGGAUAAGAUGAAGGGAGAUCCCUGUGUAAGUCACUUUGUGCUGCUGGAAGAAAGGCAGGAUGUAAUUCUAACAAAAUAAGUAAAGGGACUUAGCCAUGUGGCAUCAAAGAUUUGGGGGGAGGUAAUAGAGUUCAAGGGAGAUGUGGAAUCAAAAACCAGGUACCAUCCCAGAAGGUCAUCUCUGUGGACUUUGGGCACAAUUGAAGCCAUAAAUAGCUGAAAUUAUGACAGAACUGAAGUUUUAAUUUAGCAGUAGGAAUAUUUCUUUGGGAUUUCUUUUGAGCCUUUCUGUACUCUUAAAUGUUGGGAGGGUGAAUCCUAUUAAUUUCCAAUUAACCUCUGAGGAAAAUUGUUCUUACUGAGGAAGAACUUUGCUCUAAUUGCAUUAGAGAAAAGAGACAAAAGGAGACUUAAUCGUAACUUCUGUCCAGCCCUUAUUUAUGGGAACUUUUUUCUUUAGCACUGAUCAAGCCAAGGAAGACACUUUUGGAGAGGAGUAGUUCGAAGUGUUUGAUCAGCCUGUUGACUU